UUCUACCUUACCUCUCAGGAAUUACUAGAGCGAAGGUUAGGGGAGUACUCGCACAAGAUCAACGUACACCCAGGAUACCCUGUACGGGACCUGGUGGUUGAUGUCACCAUCCAUGAGACUCGAGACAUCACCAUCCUCAGCGUUAAGAAAGUACCGGGAGGCACGGACUUCAGAGAUGCUGUGUCUGAAUGGAGAGAAGGAGGCAAAACUGCUCGACUACAGUUUGAUCCAGAACCAGAAACAAUGCCAAUCAGUGGGGUAAUCCACGGCCAGCUUGUGGUCCAUUAUGAUGUAGAAAGAGCUCUGGAUGCUGGUGAUGUUCAGGUUGAAGAUGGAUAUUUUGUGCAUUUCUUUGCACCAAUUGAUCUACAGUACACGCCCAAACAUAUUACUUUCUUGAUUGAUGUUUCAGGAUCUAUGGAAGGAUUAAAAUUAGCGCAGGUUAAGGAUGCUCUACGACAUAUCCUGACUGAUCUUAAUGCUGGAGACACCUUUAACAUUAUCAGCUUUUCCACUUACACUCACAAACUUGGAACAAUGCGCUAUACUGGUACAGCUGUGAGGAAAGCCAAGAAAUAUAUCAAUAAUCUUGAAGCUCGUGGAGGAACAAACAUUGAUGAAGGCCUUAAGAUGGCACUUUCUCGACAUCGGCUUCCCCCUCGGAUACAUUUCCCACACCAUAAUUAUCUUCAAGCGUGUACAGUCAAAGGCAGGAGUAUUGGACGCAAGCCGGGCUUAUCUUUGCCACCGAUGUCCAUUGAGCAGGAGAUGGAUGUGGUGGUGUCGGAAUCGGUGCGACCGCACAUCGUCGUCAUGCUGACUGAUGGUCAAGCUACUACCGGGGUCAUAUCUCCUUCAGCCAUUUUAAGGAAUGUCCGGGAAAGAAAUAAGAAGGGAGCUGCUAUUUUCUGCCUUGGCUUUGGCAGUGGAGCAGAUAUGCAUCUUCUGGAAAAGAUUGCCCUUCAGAACCGGGGGAGUGCACGCAAGAUCUACGAGGAACACGACGCUGCAGAACAACUGAAGGGCUUCUACCAAGAGCUGUCGACCCCCAUUCUCCUUGAUGUCCAAUUCAGUUAUUCUGGAGAUGCUGUGCAGAUGGAUAGCCUUAGUAAAACACACUUUUACAAUUACUUCCAGGGUACAGAGCUUGUAGUAACAGGGCAGACAGAGCAAGGUCAACUAGGAAACAUCCGAGCAAACAUCACUGGUCAGGGACGCAACGGCGAGUUCUUUAUGGGUGUCACGGACUGGAACACUGUUGUUCCACCAGACCACCAUCUGCUAGAUCACCUGCAUCUUGCCCCGACUCCAAGAAACUUUAUUAAAAGGUUAUGGGCUUUCUUGAGAAUUAAGGAUCUUCUGGAGGAGGGUAAAGCCGCAAGGGGACCUCACGAGAAAGCUGUUGCACAGAAGAAAGCUCUCGUUAUCGCUCUUGAGAAUCAUUUUGUGACACCAUUGACAUCCCUAGUUGUCGUGCAGCCUGACCAAGAGAAGUGUAAGGAUUAUGAAGAUGAUGAUGAGGAAGACAAGAAGAUUGAAGACACGACUCCUGCAGUGAAGCACUUGGACGAGGACAACUCGUCCAUCACUGGGGCCCUUGAUCCACAGGAUUCUGUUGUUCAUGCAUUUGACCCGGCAUCAAUUCAGGUUCGCAGUGGCCUAGAUUCUUCGGAUUAUGAACACCAAACUAUUUUCAGGCAUGCUUAUUUUGACGGCAUGUCUGGCCGUUCGUCUCAAUAUUCUGGUGCAGCAGGGAAUGAGCCGAGCACUGUCUUUCUCCUAUUGACCCUCUUUGUAAUUGUUCAAGCAAUCUUAAACCAGGUAAGAGAACCACAAAUACACAAACCAGUUAAGUGACACUUCUCUAUUGAUGGUGCAUCCUGAAGCUUUGAGAGUGUAUGUACGGUAACUAUUUUCACAGUUGAAAAGUCAUGAUAGUGCUGGCAGUCUUUUGACAUCUCGUUUUUUAGUAUUAGAAGUUGAAACUCAAUACUAUGGAAGAACUUUGAGAUGUAAAAGUAAACAUGUCCUUCCACCUAAAUACAUUUGAAAGUUCUUGGGUCACUUUUAACCUCACAAGGGAGACAAAUGUAUGCUUAAACUGGCUAAUAGGAGUUUAUUAUUAUUAUAUGCAUACAUACAUACAUACAUAUAAUACAUUAUUAGUGUGUGUGUGUGUGCGCGUGUAAAUCACGACAAAAUUUAAACACACGAUGAAUGUAUGAAAACAUAUAACCAUGAAGGGAAAAUAAAAAAAGAAAUUACAUGAGCACUUUCAUGUUAAUCAACACAUCUUCAAAAGUAUAAUCAAUGUAAUAUAGUGCUUUAGUAUAUAAGCAGGAAAAAGGUGACAUUCCUGCAAACACACACUGUAAUGGUCCCUAUUGAUGCCUUGUUACAAUAUGUUAGGAAGUUGUUACAUCUUGUUAUAAAGUUUUUACAAUGUUUGAAAGUUGUUACAACUUGUUCGAACAUUGUAGCAGCGUCGUAGUUUCUUGAUGUGUUUGGCAGGGUGAGAGAUGAAAAGCAAUCCUUUGGUAACAUUUACAUGAACAUAAGAAUAAGAGGACACUGUAGAUGGCCUACUGAACAAUACUUGCAAGUUCCCAGAAGCAAUAUUCCUACUGGAAUAGCUGUCAAUUAAUCAUCUUACUAAGAUCAUUUUUUUUUACUGAUAAAUUAAAUUUGUCAGAAAAUUCUUGCCAAAUUGAUUGGGAGAGGUCAUCUUCAAUAAUAAAUUGUCAAAGCAUUUUUAAUAGAAACAUUGAAUCAGAUUUAAUACAAAUUACAAGGCCAUACAACAUGAAUAUUAGUAAUGGUUGUACAAUUUGGAUCCAUUCUCAAAUGGAUCAAUUAAAAAAUUAUCUUAGAUUGGGGUUGACCAGCCCACACACUAGAAGUUGAAGGGACGACGACGUUUCGGUCCGUCCUGGACCAUUCUCAAGUCGAUUGUCUGUCAAGUCGAUUAGAUUGGGGGUAUCCCAGUUGGGAUAUUGCUUCUGGGAACUCAUAUGUAUUGGUCAUUAGGUCAUCUUCAAUGUCCUCCUGUUCUUAUGUUUAUAAGUAAGUACUGUAUUACAAAGGUUUCUUUUCUCGCCUCGCAUGUCACCUUUGUCCUGCCAAUACAUUCAAGUACAGUACUGUAUUAUAUUUCAUAAAAUUUACGGGAUAGUCUUGCCCGUGUUCCACCUCUUGGGUGGUGUAAUCUUCAUUAAUCAAAUCAUUAAUUAUAUAUACUUUAGAAGAUGUGUUGAUUAACAUGAAAGUGCUAAAGUAAUUUCCAUUUCAUUUUUUCUUUGUGGCUAUACUUUUUUAUAUACUGUAUACAGUAUAUAUAUAAUAUGCAUGGGUGCAUUCAUGCAUGCAAGUUACGUGCUGGAAAUAUAAGAGUGGAUAUUGUUGGUGACUUUAAAUACUUUGAAAGUAGAUAGUACAUCGUUGAUUUUCAUAUCCACUUUGCAGUGUGCCAAGGUUUUGAGCCAGAAGACAGCCUUGGGAGUAAAGCUCUUUUGGGAACAAAUUUUAGGUUAGUCGUAAUAAGUUCUUUUCAGCAGCAGUCUAUAGUUAGAACUUAAUAAACUUAUUUUUGAAGUUUAGACAGAUGUUUCAUAUUAAAGGGAACUGUGAAGAUACAGGUUAGAAUUGAUGAUUACCAAAGCUAUUCUAUUUUAGUCAGAAUAUGAACAACUACCCCGAAAUAUUUUGAAUUGCAGCGUGAAAUGCUGCAUCAGCCAGAUAAUAAUUAUUGAAAUAUUCCAUUGCAUAAACGAUGACUGAAUAUUAUCUUUCAUUCGUUGUUCAGUCUUCAGAAUUUAUUCUAGUUCAUUUUCAUAAUGUCUGUUUCAGAUAUAGCCUACGAGUUUGGUAACUAUGAACUCUUACACGAGUGCAUCAUUAUUGUAGAAAUUAAUUGCAAAAGAAAUUAUAUUUUACUCGUAAGACAACCUAGUAGCAUACUAGGUCUCUCUCACUAGGUAGUCCUGUAAGAUUGGUUCAUGAUAUACAUUAAAAUUUGCCAUUAAUUCAGAGUACUUUAUCACUCCAGAUGUGAUGAUGUACAUGUUUUUAUUUCCCCGAUGGUAUCUUUAGAUGCUACUUGAGAACAAGAACGGUAUACUUCCAGUUCAGUAAACCAAAGGUGUGUACAUGUAUGAAUGUUCAUUUUACACAGGAAUGAUUACAAAGGCUUCCAUGUUUGUUCGUGAGUAACAAGAUUAGCAAUUGUCAACCUUAGGUAGAGUUUUUGUAAGGCUUGUAUUCUUGUUUUCACACAGGAAGGAAUUGCCUUAUUAAAGCAUUAUUUAGGAUUAUUAUUUGCUAAUUCUGUUGCAAGUGUUUCCUUGAUAAAAUAUGCUAAUAUCUUCAACCUGUAUAGGUGUCCUCUUGAUCAAAAUGUAUGUGGCCAAUAAGAAAACCCCACAUGACCCUUGUGCAUUAUUUGUAGGAAUAUCUAGGUUCACAUUUAGAUACUGAUUACAUUCAAGAUUACUUACAGUGUAAGUAAUACUUUUUCUAACAUUUCAGGUUAUGGGUGUUUUAUAUUUUCUUAAUAAUCAAACAUAACACCAGUAGUUUGAUAACGUGUAUCGCAUGAAAAUUUUGAAGGUUAAAUGGUUGUCUUGUAUUUCUGGCUAUUCUCAGAAUAAAUUACACAAGCUGUUGUUGAUCUGAGAGGUAAGACCUCGAUGUUUCUGUUUACUUCAUCUCGUAGAGAUAUGUAAACAAACAAAAAUUACGAACGAAAGCAAGGUUUUUUUCAUUAACCAUUAACCUCUUGACUGCAUCAUGGAUAGUAUGAAUACUCUAUGAUUUGUAAAUGUGUUAAUUUGUCUAUGCUUUAAAAAAAAUCUAAUCAAAGUAACUUACAAUAUUCUGGCAAAAACAAAUGCACACUCACACAAUAUUGAUUUAUAUAAAGAACUAGAGCCAUGAUAUUACAUCAAACUCAUUACAACUGCCAUUUGCCUUCAUUUUCCCUUGAAGGUUACUUGUAUUGCACUUGUUUACAUUUUGUAAUGUUGAUAGAGAUUCUAUUAUCUAUUGUAAUGUCUCUAAAUAGAGAGCAAUAAAAAGAUUUAUCAGAAACUUAAGAUUCAAGCUUCCUGUGGUCAAAUACCAUAUUCUAGUGUAUUUAGUAGGUGUUUCUGCAUGAUUCUUGUCAGCCUGGUGUGUGUUUGAUGAACAAAUUUGCACUUGAAAACAAAUGUGUUUCCAAUUGAUAAAAUUGCAGAUUGAAGUGCUUGAGCAUCAAGAGUUACACUGUUAAUCGUAACAUAUUUUAGCCGGGCACAACCAUGUAAGGUCAGCCAUGACCAUGCCUCGCACUAUCCUAUAGCACAGACAUGUCAAGCAUGCAGCCCACACAAAGGAUACUGUAAUUUGGUAUAUAAUAUGAUAGAAAAAAUAUUCUACAAUAAUUUUCAUUAAAUGACUUCAAUUAGUUUUUGUGUGUGGGCCUCAUGUGUCCCAUAUGGCCCUUGGGGGACCGUCAGUUUGACAUGCCUGCUAUAGCAAAGAAAAUAGCUUUCACCUUUCCAUUUUAGGCAACUGAACUCAUGCCUUUAAAUAAAAACAGUAAUUCAUUAUUUCAAACUGUGAUGAAAUUUAACAGAAUUUGAUGACCAAAUCACACAUCAGAAGAUGAAGAUAUGAUGAAGAUAAUGGUCCAGGAAGGACCAAAAUGUCGUCGUUUCUUUACCUUCUGAUGGAGGUUUGGUCAUCAUAUCUUCAACCACGUUAUCAGGCCUCAUCAUCUGCUGAACAUAAUUCCUGAAUUUUCUAAGUACACUGAGGAAGUACAGUAGUUAAAUACAAGAGGUAUAUAAAUACAUUUUGAUGAAAUAAUUUACCCAAUAUCUCUUUCUUGCAAGCUGGUAAACAUAAUAAAAACAAAAUAAAAAAGUUUACCAUAACGAUCCAUUAAAUUUCCACAUACAUGAAGAUUGCAUGAAGAUUGUGAACACAUUUAGUAUAGAAAUUUGAAGAUUGCGAAGUGUGUGUGUAUGUGUGUGUGUGAAUUUUAAAUCUUCAAAAACUAUCCCUGUUAAAAACUUUUUAAAGACUUUUAUAUUGUUGAAUGAAUAGAUUUGCAUAUAUUGUUAGCUUUUUAGCCAUGACUCGUGCACAAUAUAGAAUCAUUUUCUUUCCAUUUAACACGGAAUGAAGUGUGUGUUUUGUUUAACAGUAUUGCAGCUCCUCUAAUAAUUAAAUAUAUAAUUAAAAUUUUUAUCUAUAGUAAAAAUUUAUUUUUUUAAAAAAGCAUAAAUACCAAUUAUUUAUUACACAGAUUUGAGUGAUAAAAUGGGUAACCAUUUUAUGUAGAUUAAACUUUUCACAUCAAUUUGAAGUAGUUGUAUCACUUUUUAAAAAGCAAAUACAAAAUUUAUCAUUCAUAAUGCAUUAUGAUAUUCCACAAAAAAUUGGAAAGUAAAAAUAAAAAGUAGUUGCAGAAAAUUAUGUUCUGCCAUUAUUAUUACACAAUUCUAAGCAUAAAUCAAUUGUUAUUGAACUAAAGUGCAUGUUAUACAUAUGUUUAUUAAUAUUUUAUCUCCUUGUUUAUUGUAUAUCCCUGUUUGUGUGUUUUAUAGUUUAAUUUUAUCCUAAAAUGUCCUUUGUAUGAUAAAGGUUCACUUUAACAUAUGGAACCUAUAGUCAGAAAACUUGUUGACUAUUCAUACUGAACAUUUUUACAUGUUAAAACAAGAAUUAUACUAGUACUGUAAACUAGCAUCAAUCCCAUGAGGAAUUUGACUUCAAUAUGAUUGGCAGUUGUGGGAGACACUGGCAAGAUUCAGGCAGUAAGGACGUGUGCAUUAUUGUCACUGGUUGAUACCUGGUUGAUGGGGUUCUGGGAGUUCUUCUACUCCCCAAGCCUGGUCCGAGGCCAGGCUUGACUUGUGAGAGUUUGGUCCACUAGGCUGUUGCUUGGAGCGGCCCGCAGGCCCACAUACCCACCACAGCCUGGUUGGUCCGGCACUCCUUGGAGGAAUAAAUCUAGUUUCCUCUUGAAGAUGUCACUGCUGUACGCUCAUGUCUGACAAUGGAACUAUGGUUCUGACAUUCCCAUUUUGCAUUGUUAAAUGUAUUGUAAACAUUUAUAGUUCCUGCUAUAAUCUUGAUAACAUAAAUUUGUUUGGGUUAACUUGAUGGCAAGUCAUCAGUGGCUUCUACAGAAAUGAACAUUGUAUUGUAUUUAACACAAAUGAGUUGCUUGUGGAUACUCAUUACCAUAACCUUGCGUUACAUUAUUUACCUGGAUGAAUAUGAUGAAUUUAUAGUUGUUGCAUUACCUUGGUGCAGAUUAUUUUUUAUGUAAUAUAGUGUCAAAGUUUAUUGAACAAUUCAUUAUUUUGAACAAGUAUGAGGCAUAACACAUGCAAAGUUAGCGCCAGGAACUUUACUUCUGAAAUUCCCCCCAUAUUUUAUGUUAUAUUUUUUACAGCUACAAUCAGCAAUGCUGGGCAAGAAGUAUUGAUAUUUUUUCAUACAAAAUUUAAUUAAGACAUUAAAAGAAGAUAAAUUGAAUGUCAUUUCUAGCUGAUGGACUCUUGUGUGUAAGGAAUGACAACAUAAAAUCAAAUGAGCAACUGCAGUUAUAUACAGUACUGUAUUUUGGGAAGUAAUAAUUUCUAUACUGUUAACAUGGUACAUAAAAUUUAUAGAUAUUAAAAAUAAUUUAUCAAAAUCUAUUCUCAUUGCCGAUGAUUUUCUCUCAGCACAGUUUAUGAGUGCGUGUGUUUGGUGGGAGGGGGGGGGGGGGGUCGAGAUACUUUUGUGCGUUGUGCUUUUUCCACUCAAUCUAAAAACUGAUGUUUAAUAUGAGGAAUACAUUACAGUACAUCCUCUUGUUCUGCACUUUGACAAAAAUGAUGAAUCUUUGUAAUUAGCAAGUGUCAGAUCUUUGUAAAUACCACUUGUUAACAUGCAUCUUGAUUAUCUAUAUCCUGUUAAAUCUUGGCUAAUCUUAGAGAAAUUAACAGAUUAUCAUAAUAAUAAUAAUAAGAGUAAUAACAUUAUUAACUUGAUCAUAGAUAAUCAAGAUAUUCUUGUACAGUAGUUUCUGAGAGAGAAUAUUUUUUUCUUUAAUUAAUAAUGUAUAUUUCUCAUGGCAUAGUGGAAAAAUCUAUGUACGGCUGGUCCUGCAAUUGUCUGCAAGGCACUUGGAAAUAUAUUAUUGUAGAGCACUAUUAAAGGUGUAAGUAUUCAGUGUUCUCGGCCUGUGAAUUCAGUAAUCAUUUAAUACAGUGAUCUGCCUAAACAUUAGGUAGACGGUAGUGGGCAGAAGGUAAGGUAGGUACCACUGUCAUCAACAAAUGCCGCUUGGUGUUCGGUGGUUUUAAUCAUGUCUUUUUAUCUUGCCUGUAUAAAUCUGCAAUGCAAGCAUGAGAGAGACCGUUUAAUUCAAGGAGAGCUAUUUUAUCAAAUAUAUCGGCAUUUAUGACAAAUAUUUAGUACAAGUGACUUAUUUGGGAAUGUAGUGCCAUCACUCUCCUUGUAUAGAAAUAACUGUUGUGAAUUAGUACUACUUUCCUCCAUUCUGCAUAAACCUUUUAACAUAGAUGUUGGUUAUUGAGGUUUACCGGCAUAUCUUUAUCAAUGGUACAGUGUCAGGCUAAUUUUGCAAUAUAUAAAAUUUCAGUUGAUACUUUAAUAUUGUUUUUAGUUACACAGGUUAGUAGAGCUCUAGCACACAACAGAUACAGAUUAAUAGGACAGUACUGUACUGAUAUCAGUUAAAAUAUUGGUACACCUCCAUUUGGUUUACCGUCAUUCAUAUUCUUUGAGUAGACUAAGUACUGUAUAUCAGUGUUUCUCUUGGUGCAUUGGUGCCUGUCAUUUUUCAUCUUUCUUUCUCUUGCUAUCCCAUAUCUUGAAUACAGUUCUUGGAUUCCUUUUUUUUCUUUCUUUCCUACAGUAUUUAUAAACGGUUUAAUCUAAAAUUUAGGAUUUUCCUUUAAUUUAUGCAAUACGUAACCACCCAUUGCAGUUUUUCACUCCAUGACAGUUUGUUCGCUAUGUAAGGACUAGUAAAAUCCAGCACAUACCAGGUCAGGGUAUUUUGAAAAUAUUGAAAAUACCUUACCUGGCUCUUCACUAACAUUUACCAGUAACUUUCUUUUCAUUUAAACCGCAUUUACAUUUUUCUGUAACUUGCCAAAACCUGAGCAAAAUUCUGGACGUCUUAUUAUGUCUUAUUUCUAUUCUUUUGGGAUUUUUCUUUAUCACCAUUCCAAAACUUCCACAUGUCUUAUUAUUGCCCUUUUACUUCACUCUCAAUAUAAGAUGAAGUGUAUUAUUUUUGCACCCAAUACAGUGUAUCUGUCUUCCCAAGAGUAAAGACCUCAAUCAAUAUCAUUAACUGUGUCAGCAGUUAAAUAUGUUGAUUGAGCACCUCCUGUCAGCAGUUACAUCCUGCCACCCACAAAAUUUCCUGUCAUUAAUUUGCAUUAUUUAUCAUUAUCCAUGAAUGAUUUGAUGGCUAAUGCAACUUAAUAGAAAAAGAGACCUGCAUCUUACAGUUAGAAUUGUAAUGUUCUGCUUAAAGUCAUUUCCUGGUAUCCUGAUUUUAUGGAUUUUGUUCUGCAGUUCCUGUAUACCACAUGUCCCAUGAUAAAAUCCUUAAUUACUCUGACUUCUGAUAUUGCCACUCUUGCAUCUUUCUGCUCUUGUAUUGGUUGAAUGAAUGAUUUCUAUAACCUCUUCAAUAUUCUCUGCCACAGAGUGCUAUAUAGUCAUUUUGGAUUGCCUCUUGAUAAUUACCUCUUUUUAUUGCAUAGUAUUGUGCUUUUGGAAUUUAUUAACACAUACAGUAACUUGUAACUACUGUCUUCUAUAAGAUAAAGUUGAGAAAAGAAUUCUUCUUCAGUACUUGAAUUUUAUAUGAAAUUAAUGUCUAUUUUGCCAAAUCAGAUCUGCAACAGUCUUCCUUCAGGUACCUUUCAUUCCCAUUUUUGAAGUUACUAGGAUGGCAAAAUGUUCUAAUCAGCGCUUAAAGCCCCAGUAGAUGGAUGGCUAAGAAUAAGAAUGGCUUAAUUCACCGGCAGUGAAUCAUUUUAUUACCGUCCAUGCUGUUAAGAGUAUUAUUCAUUAGAUAAAAUAAGACUUCUGAUAAAUCCAAAACUGCUUGAAAAAACUGAAACGCCUUGUUCGCAUGCAAUGAGACCGAGUGACUAGCAUUUGCCAAUCUACAUGACCCGAUCUGAAUGUAUGGCAAGACAACUUACCUAACAAAAUGACUUGAGACUUCAUUGUGCUUUAGUUAUAAAUUCUAUCCACAACCCAUUAAUAUACAAAAGGCAAAUGAUCUUCCCCAUAAACAGAUAGAAGUAAAUGUCCAAUAUAAUGUACUUGAUAACCAAUUUCAGAAGCUGAGAUAGUCUCCCCCUUGUUAAUGUGGACAAAUUGGAAGUUUUUCCUUCAUCAGACAUGUGUUGUUGUGAGUGUUUCAUCUUAUAAUAGUUGCUCCUGUAUAUGAGAGGGAAUGUUCAUGAUAAAAUACUGGGAUUUCAAGUGUUCAUAGUACUCUUGGUGUUGUACACUGUUUUCAGUAAAGAAAUAUAGUUAAAA